AUGUCAAAUUUAGAAGAACUUUGUUUGUAUUUUAAAUGUUCUUGUAAAAAAUUAUUUGUUGAUGGAAAUGAUUUGAAAGCUAAUAUUAUCAAUCAUUUACCACGAUUAAAGACAUUCAAAUUUAAUAUUUGCUCACUUAUUGAUCAUUAUAAUCCAAUUGAUUUAUUAACAAAUGAAGAUAUUCAAAAUAUAUUUAAUCGAUUUUCAAAUAAUCAAAUUAUUUCUUUUGUUGAUUAUUUUCCAGAUAAAAAUGAAGGUCAAUAUCAUAUUUAUUCAUAUUCAUUUACAUUGACAAGUUAUGAAUGUAUUACAAAUAAUUUUCCAGGUAGAUUAUAUACAUAUGUUCGUAAAGUAUUAUUAUUUGAUGAACAUCCUUUUGAACAUAAAUGUUUUCUUCGAAUUCAAAAAUCAUUUCUAUCCAUAGAAGAUCUAACUGUAACUAAUCAAAAACCACAAUAUGAAAAAUUAAACAAUGGCAAUCGAGAUUUAUCACUAAUUCAUUAUCAUCAUCUUACUUGUCUUGAUCCUAUUGAAGUUCAUGAUGAUUGUAUUGAAUAA